AUGAAGAUCAAGAGGCCCAAAAAAAAAAGAAAAAUCAUAAUAACCAUUGCACUAAGGACAUUAAGUAAUGGCCACUUAAGCAACAACACGUGGAGUGAUAUGGAGUACAUGCUUGAGUAUGACAAAAUCAACUACAACUCAGUGCAACUAAUUAUAGAUGAGACUUCUGACUAUGUUGCAGGCGUUAUUCCAACUCUCGAAGAUACCACAUGUACAGAUCUUGACAUAAUUGUUAAGUUAACUGAUCUCAACCCUCAAGCUUUGAGGAGACUUGAUCUCGACGCCUAUACAAGUGGCCUGCGAAACAACAGAAGACAACCCAUUACUAGCGAAGAGCAUGAACUAUGCCCAAUUUGCUACCGCGUGCUUGGCACCGAUGGAGAAAUUAGUUAUUUUAUUUGCAACCAUUUUUAUCAUCACCAAUGCGUUUUAGGCUGGAUCAAGGUCAACUUAACCUUUCCAAUAUGUAGAAAAAACCUUGGUUAA